GGGCAGGACAGAUGAGGAAUAGCCAGAUUUAAUUUAAAGUUUUAAACACUCCGAAUACCUGUAGUGGCCUAGCUAACUUCACAAAUGGCUCAAGAACAGCAGCUUGAAGUUGUCAAUAAUGGAAGGACAGAAAGGACAGGGUGGUUACUAAAUUCCCCUGAUCCCCCUGGUUUUUUCCAUGAAAUUUUCAGUUCAAUAAGGAGGACGAUCUUGCCUCAUGGAACCAAAAAUCAUUCCUCAUUGCCCAAGAAGUCUUCUGCAAGUAAAGCAUUCUCAUUCCUUCAAGGCUUAUUUCCUAUUCUUGAAUGGGGAAGAAACUACAGAGCUACCAAGUUCAAGAGAGAUUUGAUGGCUGGCUUAACUCUUGCCAGCCUCUGCAUUCCUCAAAGUAUUGGAUAUGCAAAUCUUGCGAAACUUGAUCCUCAAUACGGCCUAUAUACAAGUGUUGUCCCACCUUUCAUAUAUGCAUUCAUGGGGAGUUCACGAGAGAUUGCUAUUGGUCCUGUAGCAGUUGUUUCAUUGCUUUUGUCGUCACUGAUCCAGAAAGUAGUGGAUCCUGCAGUUGAUCCUGUUGGCUACAGAAGACUUGUAUUUACUGCAACUUUUUUCACUGGUGCCUUUCAAGCAGUUUUUGGAUUAUUCAGAUUGGGCUUUCUGGUUGAUUUUCUGUCACAUGCAACAGUAGUCGGAUUCAUGGGAGGUGCUGCAAUUGUGAUUGGUCUCCAGCAACUCAAAGGGUUACUGGGAAUCAGCCAUUUUACCACAAAAACAGAUGUAAUCUCUGUCUUGAAAGCUGUAUUUAAUUCACUUCGCCAUCAGUGGUAUCCCCUGAAUUUUGUCCUGGGAUGCUCAUUCCUUAUCUUCAUCUUGAUUACAAGAUUUAUUGGAAGAAGGAACAGAAAACUUUUCUGGUUACCAGCAAUAGCCCCUCUUGUAUCAGUUAUAUUAUCAACCUUGUUCGUGUACCUGACUAAAGCUGAUAAGCAUGGCAUUAACAUUGUGAAGCACUUCAAAGGUGGAUUGAAUCCAAGUUCAGUCCAUGAAUUACAGUUUAACAGCACACAUGUUGCUGAGGCAGCAAAAAUUGGAAUAAUCUGCGCCGUUAUUGCUCUCACCGAAGCCAUUGCUGUUGGCAGAUCUUUUGCUUCCGUCAAAGGAUAUCACCUGGAUGGUAACAAGGAGAUGGUAGCCAUGGGGUUCAUGAAUAUUAUAGGGUCUCUAACUUCAUGCUACGUAGCAACUGGUUCAUUCUCAAGGACUGCUGUAAAUUUCAGUGCUGGAUGUGAAACGGUGGUGUCAAACAUAGUGAUGGCUACUACAGUUCUUGUAUCUUUGUUAUUAUUCACCAAGCUGCUGUACUACACUCCACUUGCAAUCCUGGCAUCAAUAAUUUUGUCAGCCUUGCCCGGACUCAUCGACAUCAAUGAGGCCUACAAUAUAUGGAAGGUGGACAAGCUGGAUUUUAUCGUUUGCGUCGGUGCCUUUUUGGGCGUCUUAUUCCGCUCCGUCGAAACUGGACUUCUUGUUGCGGUUGUUAUCUCUUUUGUCAAGGUAAUUGUAAGUUCAAUUCGACCAAGUACAGAAGUACUAGGAAGGGUUCCAGGGACAAGUACCUUCUCCAAUGUCAUCCAAUAUCCAAUGGCAACAAAAAUUCCUGGCCUGCUUAUAAUCCGAAUUAAUUCCGGAUCACUUUGUUUUGCAAACGCAAAUUCCAUUAGAGAAAGAAUUUUGCUUAGGAUUUUGAGGUUACUAGGGGACGAAAAUGAAGAGAAUAGCAAGGACAACAUUCGUGUACUUGUCCUUGACAUCUCGAAUGUUAUGGGCAUUGACACUUCAGCUAUCAUUGCCUUAGAAGAACUGCACAGGGAAUUGGUUUCACGGGGCAUAGAACUGGCUUUUGCAAGUCCAAAGUGGCAAGUGAUGUCCAAACUAAAGUUGGCCAAAUUUGUAGAUAAAGUUGGAAGAGGGAGAUUUUUUCUCAAUGUUGAAGAUGCCGUUGAUGUUUUCUUUGAUCCCAACAUGUCUGCCUCUGCCGUCCACAACUGUUAAUGGCUCUUCUGCUUUUUCACAGCAUGAAGUUUCAGAUUAGUGAUCAGUGACCGCAAGAACAAAAUAUAGAUGAAUUCAGGCUCCAUUUAGUUUAUUCCAUGCUUGAAAUGUACAACACAAAAAGAGGCCGAUUCUGCAGCCACUUGUCCACAAAAUCCAUUAGUAUGUGUUUAAUUUGAUUUAUUGACCAAAACAAAUGCUUAAUCCGAUUUCAUUUGGAGCCACCAAA